AUGCACAAUCAAGAUAAUUUAUCUAAAGCAUCAAUGUUAAGACUUAAAAAGGAUGAGAAAAUGUAUAUUGAAGAAUUAAGAGAAUUUGAAAGUCAGCUAAAUAGUUUACAGAGCACUAUGGAUGCUUAUAAAGAAGCACUUCUUCUCAAUCAAAUAAAGGAGACAAAAGAAGCACUAAAGCAUGUGCAAAGAAGAUUAAAAGAUUUUGAGGUGUGUGGUGACAUGUAA